AUGCGGAUCCUGGCCAUCGAGCCUAUGCGGCCGGGGUCAGACCACGACUCGUUCAUCUGGCAAACGACCUGGCUGCGCCGACGGUUCCUGGCGGGGCGCAUUGCAGAGCCAGGCGAAUACCUGCUUGGUGACAGUGGCUACCCAUUGGAGCCGUGGCUCCUUGUCCCGGUCUCUGGCCAUCCUUCCGAGCACAGUGCUGAAGGCAGGUUCAACGCUGAGCACAUCACCAUGCGCUCCAUUGUGGAGCGGUGCAUAGGCAUGCUGAAAAUCCGCUUCCGGUGCCUGCAGCGUUACCGCACCCUCCACAACGAGCUAGAGCGUGCUGCUGAUAUUGUUGCAGCGUGUGCUUCACUUCACAAUCUUUGCUUAGGUGAGGGUGCCACUGAGCCGGUUGACGACUUUGAUGGCAUUGAAGACAUUUUCAGCAGCAGCAGCACCACCAGCAGCGAAGAUUCUAACGGGCCCCCAUUCCACAGGGCUUGA